AUGCCAACGGCAAUAUCAUCACCAUCCUCAAUAUCCAGUCCGCGUCCGAGGGUGAUAUCAAAGAAAUUAUCCGGAUCAGGAUCUACGGCCGCUACACCUUCUGGAUCACCUUUACAGCCAUCACGAACCAUCAACGCACCUCGCAAGUCAUCCAGUCUGGUCAUGUUGAUGAACGACGAUGCGGCUGAGAAAGCCAAACGUCGAAAAUCAGCUCAUUUCGGUGAACUGGCUCCUUCAGCUGGAGAACCUAAAGAAAGACCAGGACUUGGGACACAAGGGAAUGGUAAGAGGACUGUAUCUGCUCUGGCGGUCCAACAGGCUUCAUCAGGUGGUCAGACAAUGGCUCAAAGACGUGCAAAGAGAUUGUCAGCGGUCGAACCGGCUCAACCGGUCGUUAGUAUGGAAGUGAUGAAUACAAAUUUUGAAGAAUGGAUGAAGUUGGCUACUGAUAAUAAAAUCACUGCGAACAAUACAUGGAACUUUGCUUUGAUCGAUUAUUUUGCGGAUUUGACACUUUUACGAAAUGGACCAGAUGAUCAAAGUAUCAAUUUCCAAAAAGCCUCUUGUACUCUCGACGGUUGUGUCAAGAUUUAUACCUCGCGAGUGGACAGUGUAGCGACUGAGACUGGAAAGUUGUUGAGUGGUCUUGCAGGCGGGAAUGCUGCUGAUGAUGCGGAUGGAGAAGGUGGCGAUGCGGAUGACGAAGAGGGUGGUGAACCCAAAACAACGCGAAAGACGACCAGUCGAUCCGAAGCGACAUUAGCCAAAUCUUUCGCUCAGCUACAGGUCAAGAAGUUCGAUCUGGAAUUCACCGUUGAUCCGCUGUUCAAGAAGACUUGUGCGGAUUUCGAUGAAGGAGGGGCGAUGGGUUUGCUCAUGAAUCACCUCGGUGUUGAUGGUAAGGGAAGAGUUGUGUUCGAUGCUGGAGAUGCGGGAGGGGAGGAAGAGGAAGAAGAGGAAGAAGCUGAUGAGGAAGAGGAGAUGGUGGAUCUUGAAAAGCUCAGAGACUUUAUACCCUCUGUGGAGACCGUACAAGACCUAUACAUCUCAGAUACUCUCUCUGCAUUCAAGUUCUCCUCCGACCCAGAUUCCGCUGUCGACUUCACUACUCUUUUUAACCUCAAAGACUCAUACAACGACGAAGAAUAUCAACCCUCAUACGCCGAUGACGAGUACGAUGAAUACGCUCCUGGAUACAUGCCUGGGGGAGGUGAAGCUCAUGAUUUCUUCGGUGACGAAGAUUACGAUAUGGGCCCUACAGGUGGAUUCGAUGAUGGAGCUUCAAUGAUGGGAGACGAUAUGGAUGCUCAAGAAGCCUACAGCGGACAGGGUAUGGGCGGUUCACUGGCGAUGGCCGCUCCGGGUGAACGUCUCGGACCAUUCGAUCCUAGACGUCAAGCAGGUCACGGGGAGUUGGUGAUGGCUUUCGGAAAUGGUGGGGAUGAUGAUGCAGAAGGAAUGUUUGAUUAUUUCGAUAAAGGUUUUGGAAAAUCUUGGGCAGGUGCAGAACAUUGGAAAUUGCGUAAGGUAACGAGGAAAGAUGCUGCUACACCAGCCAGUGGAUCUACCGCUCCCACAAAAACAGCUAAACCGGCCAAAGCACCUUUCACAAUUGAUUUUUCGUCGCCGUCUACAUCUGCUACUUCGUCCAAAACCCUCUUCGCCCCCGCUACCAAAUCAUCCAUCACCUUGCCUUCCACGCGUACUGCAUCUUCUAGGUCUAACAAGAAAACCUCAGCGGGUAAACGAAGAGAAGAAUGGCUGUUACCUGAUGAUAUGCAUUUCAGUAGUAGACAACUGUUGAGGUUGUUCUUGAAACCCAAGUUCUCGCUGCGAAUGAGAAGGAGUGGUGCAGUGACUCAGCUAGCUGAAAACGCCAACGGCGAGAUCGAUGAGAAUUUCUGGGCUCAGGCUGCUGCCGAACGAGCGGAUGCAGGUCUCGAGGGAGAUGGUAUGGACAACGACUCUCAGCCGAUACCAUUCGAAACGCAAUUCUUUCAUGACGAUAUGGAUGAUGGAUACGUCGACGACGGUUUGGACGCUGGAGACUCGGCAAACAUGUAUGAUUCCAAUGAAGCUGAAGAUCUUUUACAAGGCUCUCAGAAUAUCGAACUGAAAAAGAGUAGACCUGAGAACGUCAACUUCGCCAAGAAAGCUAAGAGAGUAGAUGUAAAGAGGUUGAAAGAUGACAUCUGGACUGGUUUGAAAAGUCUCGUUCCGGCUGAGAAGGAUAGUUCAGAAGAUGAGACUGAGUUGCCCAAAACACCUACGAAAGAUGGAAACGAACCAGUCAAGACUUUUGAUAAUAUCAUUACAUCCCUUCGAUCAUCUUACCCCGCCGAAAAGAUGUCUGAGAUAUCAACUUCGUUCUGUUUCAUCUGUCUUUUACAUUUAGCAAAUGAGGAGGGACUGAAGAUCGAGACUGCUCGUUACGACGGCAAGGAGAAUGAAGAUGUCGGUUGUCAGGGGUUAGUAGAGGGUUAUGAAGGUGAUGGAUCUCUAUUUGGAUUCGGAGCUAAGGGUAAGAGAUUGGAUCAGGGUGAAAAGAAAGAUAGGAUAGUGGGAGAAUUGCAAGCUUUGAGGGUGUACAAGGAUCAUACGGCUGGUAGAGCAGCGUAA